AUGAUCGCAAGAAGUCUGGACUAUUUGGCAAAGGCGUCUUUCAGGGACUUGAAGAAAUUGGACGAGUCCCGUUGGUCGUCGAGUGCGGAAAAGAUUUCCACGUGCCAAAUGAAGGGUCAGCACGACUCGGAUUGCCACAACUUUGUUCGUGUCUUGGUGAUGAACUCCUCACACGAGGAGUUUUUCACUUGUGGCACAAACGCCUUUUCUCCUACUUGUGAAUGGCGAAAGAUUGGAAACCUGAGCCAAGUUGUUGAGCAGCUGGAAGGAAUGGCCAAGUGUCCGUAUUCGCCUCAAAGCAAUGUUACUUCGCUGUUGAGUGACACGGGUGCCUUGUUUACUGGAAGUCCACUGGACUUUCUGAGCCAGGACCCGGCCAUUUGUCGGUCCAGUACCCACAAGCACGUGUUGGCCACUUCCCGGGAACGAGGCGGCCCUAAUGCCAUCCUUCGCACCCGCCAGUACAACCCCAUUUGGCUUGACGAACCCAACUUUGUGGGUUCGUACGAGAAUGACGACUUUGUCUACUUUUUCUUCCGAGAAAGUGCCGUGGAGUUCAUGAACUGCGGGAAGACGGUGUAUUCGAGGGUUGCCAGAGUUUGUAAGUCCGAAACAGGAAAGAAAUACACGUGGACGACGUAUUUGAAAGCUCGACUGACUUGCAUGAUACCCGGGAAAAUUCCUUUUUUCUAUGAUGAACUGCAAGCCAUCGAAUUCGAUCGGGACACCAAGACAUUCUAUGGACUUUUCACGACUGCGGAAAACGCGUUGCCUGGUUCAGCGUUGUGUGCUUUCAGUUUGUCUGACAUCGAAAGAUCGUUCAAUGGGCCGUUCAAGUACCAACCGAGCGUGAAUUCGGCCUGGGUUUCCGUUCAGCAAGGACGUCGAGUGAAAGAUCACUUUUCUUGCAAUGGUUCCAUGGAUGAAACGGAUAUAAUGGAAAGUUGGAAGUACCAGUUGAUGGAGAAGCCUGUUGCGCCGACUACAGGAGAACCUUUGUGGAAAGUCGACGGUCGAAGAGGGACACAUUUGGCAAUACAUUCUUUGGGUGAACCCGGGAUGAUGCUGUUCAUGGCCUUCGAAGGCGGAGAGCUUUGGAAAAUCGUGGCGAAGAAACGACGGGGUUGCGUCGUAGAGCGGAUUUCUCCGCCUCUAAGUGCGACAUCUGGCGACCGGAUCAACUUCGUCAAAGCAUUCAAGAACACGGAUUAUUUGUACAUUGGCACGGAGCAUAAAAUCCUGCGAAUGCCCAUGGAACGAUGUCAUCGAUUCAAUUCCAAGGACGAAUGUCUGUCUUCUGGAGACCCCAUGUGUGGUUGGGACAGUGGCAAACAUCGCGGCUCUUGUACUUCGAGAUCGGAAGCCAUCAGUGGUCGUUGGGAACCAGCCGAAUUCAAAUCCUGCUCAAGACUUGAAGUUGCCUCGUGGUCAGAGUGGUCGGAAUGGUCGACGUGUGCCCAGAACUACAACUGGGAGAACGAGGUCUGGCAGCCCGCGGGGCAACGAGCAGCCCGAGGUCAUUCCUGCCUGUGUCGGUCCCGGUUCUGCUCCAAGUCCUCUCUCCGCACCGACACGACGGCCUGCACGGGCCACUCGAUCGAGGUGACCAAUUGCACCGUGGACGGCGGCUGGACGCCCUGGUCCGAGUGGUCCCCGUGCAGCCAGACGUGCGGGAUCGCGCAUAAAACGAGGCGCCGGUUUUGCACGAAUCCGCCGCCGGCUUUUGGCGGCAAAGCCUGUGCGGGAAAGGACACUGAAGAUGCUCAAUGCAUGAUCCCGCCUUGCCCGUCCACUUUAAUAGAAGACAAAUGGACUGAGUGGACGAACUGCUCCAAGCAAUGCGGAGGCGGCUUUCAAGAGCGCACCCGGAUUUGCAGUGAUCGUAGAAGACGUUCGAACAAUGGCACUGCUUUGACGUGUCUGGGGUGUGCCCGCGAUAUCCGCGCCUGCAACGAGCAUGAUUGCCCCGAGGCCAAGGUGAUAGAAACGACGGACUGGUUGAAGUUCAAUACUACUCGUGAUGGUUACUACGAAAUCAGAUAUGAGCUCUCCUGUCAAGCUCUCGUGGACGACCGUUCAAAAUUGAAACCUGGCAACAUCAAGGUCUCUGAACGGUACUGCCGCACUGACGGAUCCUGUGUAGACGGUGGUGAUUUAGAUUUAACUUCGGAUCACUGGAGUGAGUGGGGGAAUUGGGACGAGUGUUCAAACGUGUGCGGUGGUGGACGACAAAGGAGGGCUAGACAUUGUCUUCUUUCCGGAGAAAUUUGCUUCGGACCAGCAGUGGAAGAACGAGAUUGCAACACCGCCCCGUGCACAGGUGCGGAAGGUUGGAGUGCUUGGAGUGAAUGGUCAGGAUGUAGCAGUGAAACUGCUGUGAAUCAAUCGCGAACCAGAACAUGUCUGUUUGAUACCGCAUCUGGAAUCAAUACGAAUGGAAACCUGUUAUGCCAAGGAAGCGCCGUCGAGACCAUCAUUUGUCCAUCAGCUACUCCAACGAGACAUCGGGAUAGAGAGAAUACCGCGACGUUAGAAGUACUUGUUCCGAUGCUCAUGCUUAUGAUCGGAAUAUGCAUCGGAGUCUUCGGAAAACACUUCUUCGACGUUUACCAAGUUCGGAAGGGGCUUCACGUCGGAGCUCGUCACCUGGACUCAUCGCCUUCCCUGCCAGACUUCUUGCCCUGGCGUGAAACCAUCAAUCACACUGUGGAGCCUAAUCACUAUCUCACCCGAGCUGAGCUCCUUCGUCAAAGUCCGAGGCGAUCGCAGUAUGCGAGUGUCCGGAGGUCGCAUAGCAACUGCGGACGCAUUCCUUCGACAUCAUCUAGCGAUUAUGCGACGCUUUGCGGUCGGCAUUCCAGCGGCGGAUCAACUACUUAUGUCCGCACGCCGGACAGGGAGUAUGAGUUGAUGUUCGACGGGUCUAGUCUGAGUAGGAAUUUGUUACGAGCGGAUUUGCAGUCGGAUGCGGCUUUCAAUACCUGAUGGGGAAAGGUCGGUGUUGAUGUCAAAGUGCUUGGCUUUUCGGCUGUGGUGUCUUCCUGUUCGAAGCACGUUAAUAUGCUUUUGGCAGUUUCUCGUUCUGUUGAACUUGCCCUAUCGAUGGUUAUCCUGCACGGAUGACAGUUUAAUUAAUUGGCCUCACCUCACGUAACAUUCGGAAGGAACUGGGCUACAUGCGAGCUUCGCUUGUCGUGGUUUUUUUUUUUUGCUUUUGAAAAAAAGUGAA